GCCCAACAGGGCCCCAAGACAGCCCAACAUGGCGCCAAGAAUGCCGGCGGCAGCAAGUUUGGCUCAAGCUCAAGCAGAGAGCAUACAUCGUACAUACUUUCACUUUUCUUGACCCUUCGAUUUCGUGCGACCUGAGCCUGAUCAUACAAUGCAGUUGUCGAAGCAGGCGCUCCUGCUCUUAUUUUCCUUCGCCCAGCCGGCCAGCUCCCUGCACCGGGGCAAGACCAUCGGCGCGAUGAUGCCGACGCCGUCCCCGCUGAGCCUUGGGACGAUAAGCGCCGUCGGGGACCCGCACAUGACGAACCUGUACGGGCAGCGCUUCGACGUCGUGCAGCCUGGUCAGCACACGCUGAUUCGUAUUCCGACUCAUUCACCGGUUGGGCGUGUGCUUCUCCUCGUCGACGCGGAGGCCAAGCACGAGGGAUCCGCUUGCUCGGACAUGUAUUUCAAGACGGUGAACAUCUCCGGGACGUGGACCAGGGGCAAGAGGCCAGAGGAUCUGCGUUUCUGGGCAUUUCGGCAAGGUGCAUCUGAAGAUCGUUCAUGGGUACACCAAACAGAGUAUUUCGUACCUGAAUAUCUACGUCAAGCACCUUGCAGAUACGGGCCUGCCUGUCGGAGGUCUUCUAGGACAAGACGAUCAUACGAGGGCUGCAACGCCUGACGCAUCCUGCAAGAGGACCCUCAAUCUUUGACAAGCUCCUCCCAGAGCUGAUUUUGUCGGGGGUCGGCGGAUUUUUGCUUGGGCCUCCGCGAGGCAGCACCGCUGCGUGGGCCAACACCCUGUCCACCGCCGCUGUGCGGCCCGCUGGCCUGCCGCCGUGUAGUGCCAGGGCAGGGCGAGGAUCGAGGCUCGAGG